AUGGCUACCCACCACAAGAUCACACUAUAUGACCUGAAAUCCACUACAAUCAACACGGCUUGGUCUCCUCAUGUCUGGAUCAAUCGAUUCAUUCUGAAUUAUAAGAAGCUGCCGUAUACCACUCACUGGGUGCACUACGCUGAUCAACAGGAUUUUCUUGCUUCGAUCAAUGCACCGAUCACUCGCGCCUCCGAACCUCGACGCACGCUUCCAGUCAUUGUUGAUGAUGUGGCUGAUGGAAGACCUCCUGCCCUCAUCGCAGACUCAUCCCUCAUCGCCGACUAUCUCGAGACAUGUUACCCAGAGCCAUCCAUUUAUUCUGGCGGAAAGGAAGCGCAGGCAUCGUAUGUCGCGACAAUAAAGAAGCUGAUCUUACUUGACGUAGCGUCUGUUGUGGCCCCCAACGCAGUAAAGUUGUUUGAGGGCCGGGACUUAGAGUUCUAUGUAAGCUCGCGAAAGAGACUCUUCGGUGUUGAACUCUCCGAAAUGUUCCCGCCGGAAAAACAGACCGCCGUAUGGGCUCAGCUAGAGGCUUCUUUCAACGACCUCUCGCAAUUCAUUGACAGUAUCGAGCACCGCGAUCCGUGGCUUUUCAGCAUGCUGGAAGGCCCUUCCUAUGCGGAUUUUGUUGUCGGCGGUAUUUUGGUCUGGUUCAAGCUGGCAGGCCCUGCGGACGGGUGGAGCAGGCUGGAAGGAUGGAAUGGCGGCCGAUGGACACGCUUCAUGGCAAACCUCGAGCCAUACAUGCAAGUGCUCUAG